CAGCGCAUGAAGAGAGCGGUCAAAGCAGCGGGAAACCAGCCACUGGCGCACAAGUCGAGCCCAGAGAAUUUCCCCGACUCUGGCACCAGACCACACAGGCGGAGGGGCUGCACUGGAUCAGCUGGGGAACUGGCUUAAAAAUGCAGGAUGUGGGAUCCGACCUCUUCAGAUUUUUUUAUUCAGGAGGUGGGGAAAAGGGGUCAGGGUUUAGAAACCUGCCUUUUCACAGUCGGCUCUCUGGGGAUUCUGGGACGCUGACCCGCGCACCCCUCGCUGAGACCACCACACUGGAGCGUGGGCUGAGGCGUCCUCACGUGGCGAGGGGCCGCGCCAGGACUAGGCGCGGUGGCGAGCGAGCCGUUCCUCAGCAACAGCGCAUGCGCCGGCUCGCCUUCCAGAAGCGCCGCGCAGCUUCGCGGGCCGGGAUCUUCCAAUCGGAGCCCGGCGUUCUCCGAGUGCGUAUCCCCCAGCUGCGGGCCGCAGGAGGCGGAGGAAAGGGGCGGGCUGGGGCGCGCCGGGAGGCCAGUGAAAGUCUGCGGCGCUCUGUGAGGGAGGUCGAGUCUCCGGAAGCGGCCGUUGUAAACACCGUUUCCCUGAGGCUAGUCCCCGUGCUGUCCCCUCUGUGCUGUUUGUUCCGCCUCCCAGGGUCCUAGAGUCCGUCGAGUUCCAAUAGCUUUUGCUCCGACCCCGGGAUCUGCUUGGGCCUCUUUCUGCCUUUGAGAUUUGAAGCGGCACCCAGGGGUUUGGGGUGUGCAGUCUGGAUCACAGGACCACCCCCUGAGACUUCAGCCCAUGUGACCUGUAACUAACAGACAUCUCGGACAGUUUUAAUCAUCAAAAACGAAGUGUAUUGUUAAGCAACAGUGGGGUAUUUUGGAAGAGUUGGAAGACUUGUCAUGAGUAUAAACACUACAAGUAAUGCCCCUGGUGAUAUCCAAAGAUUAAAGAAUGCCUCAUCUGAUACAAAACAAGUGGUUAAAAGUGAAACAGACUUGGAUAUUACUGCUGAUCUUAGAAAAAAGCUCCAUCGGGCUAAGAAAGAAAAAUUAGAAAUAACAACUAAGCACAAUGCAGAGCUGGCAAGCUACGAGACCCAGAUUGCCAAGCUACGAUCCGAGGUUGAGAAAGCAGAGGCAUUGCGACAAAGUCUGGAGUACGACUUGGCUGUUGCUAGAAAGGAAGCUGGACUCGGAAGACGGGCUGCUGAAGAAAGAUUAGCUGAGGCGCAUAGGAUCCAAGAAAAACUCUAUGCUCAGAAUGCAGAACUUCAAGGAAAAACAAAUGAGAUCGAGAACGCAUUCCAGACCUCCCAGCAGAAAUGGAAAGAAGAAUGCAGAAGAUUUGAACGUGAUUUGGAGGAAAGAGACAGUAUCAUUCAAAAUUGCAAUCAAGAAUAUGAUUUACUUAUGAAAGAAAAAAGCAGACUAGAGAAAACUCUACAGGAAGUGUUGGAAAAACAUCAGCAGGAGAAGAAUGAGAUGGAGUCUCAUAUCAGGGAGACAGCAUUGGAAGAGUUUAGAUUACAAGCAGAACAAUGGGAAGCAGAAAGAAGAGAGUUGCAAUUUAUAGUACAGGAACAAGAUAGUGCUGUACAAAAUAUGCACAAGAAAGUAGAAAAAUUAGAAGCUGAGCACAUGGACUGCUCUGACCUUUUACGGCGACAAACAAGUGAACUCGAAUUUAGCACUCAACGAGAGGAACGUCUUAGAAAAGAGUUUGAGGCAACUACACUAAGAGUGAGGAAAUUAGAAGAAAAUAUUGAAGCAGAAAGGGCAGCACAUUUGGAAUCAAAAUUUAAUUCUGAAAUUAUUCAGUUACGGAUUCGAGACCUUGAAGGAGCUUUGCAGGUAGAAAAGGCCAGCCAAGCAGAAGCUGUUGCUGAUUUGGAAAUGAUCAAGAAUGAAUUCAAAGAAGUUGAAAGUGCCUAUGAGCGAGAAAAGCAUAAUGCACAAGAGAGCUUUACAAAACUAAAUUUAUUAGAAAGAGAGUAUUUCUCCAAAAACAAGAAACUAAAUGAAGAAAUCGAGGAACAGAAGAAAGUAAUUAUAGACCUUUCAAAGAGACUUCAGUAUAAUGAAAAAAGUUGCAGUGAAUUACAGGAAGAACUUGUAAUGGCUAAGAAACACCAGGCCUUUCUAGUAGAGACGUGUGAAAAUAACGUGAAAGAAUUGGAAUCGAUCGUGGACAGCUUUACUGUGUCGAGCCAGUGGACAUCAGGCAUCCACAAGGACAAAGAUAAACCUCCCAGCUUCUCUGUUGUCCUUGAGACUUUGCGGCGUACCUUGACAGAUUACCACAACAAGCUGGAAGAUGCAUCUAAUGAGCUAAGCAGCAUGAGUAAUGCUAAGGAAAAGGCAUCUAAUGAACUUGAUUCUACCAAACAGAAGAUAGAAUCUCACACUAAAAAUAUAAAGGACCUUCAAGAUAAACUGGCUGAUGUCAAUAAAGAGUUGAGUCAUUUACGCACUAAAUGUGCAGACAGAGAGGCUCUAAUAAGCACUUUAAAGGUGGAACUACAAAACGUGCUGCACUGUUGGGAGAAGGAGAAGGUGCGAGCAGCCCAGUCUGAAAGUGAGCUGCAGAAGCUUUCCCAGACUUUUCAUAAAGACGCAGAGGAGAAGCUAACCUUCCUUCAUACCUUGUAUCAGCACUUGAUAGCAGGCUCUGUGCUCAUAAAACAACCAGAAGGCAUGCUGGAUAAAUUCUCUUGGUCUGAGCUUUGUGCAGUCUUGCAGGAGAAUGUUGAUGCCCUGAUCGUAGACCUCAACAGGGCUAAUGAGAAGAUAAGUCAUCUAGAGUACAUCUGUAAAAACAAGUCUGAUACAAUGAGAGAGCUUCAGCAGACGCAGGAAGACACCUUUAACAAAGUGGCAGAGCAGAUCAAAGCCCAGGAGAGCUGCUGGCACAAACAAAAGAAGGACCUGGAGCUGCAGUACUCGGAACUCCUCCUGGAGGUGCAGAGGAGGGCACAGAAAUUUCAAGAAAUUGCUGAAAAAAAUAUGGAAAAAUUGAACCGUAUGGAGAAGUCACAUGAGCAGUUGGUUCUUGAAAAUUCACACUUCAAAAACUUGUUGUCACAGACUAAAAGGGAACAAACAUCCUUGUUGGCGGCCUGUGCAUUGAUGUCUGGUGCCUUAUAUCCUCUCUAUAGCCGAUCAUGUGCCUUAUCUACACAGAGAGACUUCCUCCAGGAGCAGGUCAACACCUUUGAGUUGUUCAAAUUGGAAGUUAGAACUCUAGCCCAGGCUUUGUCAACUGUAGAGGAAAAGAAGCAAGAGGAAGCCAAGAUGAAGAAAAAACCCUUCAAAGGAUUGAUACGUGUGUUCCGGAAAGGUGUUAUUGCAAUUUUGGCAGCAAACAGAUUCAAGACAUUGGGCCAAUCAUGUGCCUCUCUUUUUACCUGGAUGGAGAGUUUCAAAGAAGGCAUAGGCAUGUUAGUAUGUACGGGAGAGCCCAAAGACAAGCAUAAAUUUCCAAAACAUCAAAAAGAGCAGUUACGUUGUUUGCAAGCUCUCAGCUGGCUCACCAGUUCUGACCUUCAUGCUGCAAUAAUCAGUUCUAUGGCUGAGUUACAGGAAGCUAUUAGUAAAACAGGAAGUUUGGAGAAAAGCACCACAUCAUUACAGAAGCAAAUAUUUGCAUUUACACAAAGACUGCACGCAGCAGAAGUGGAGCGCCGCUCACUGCGCUUGGAGGUCACGGAAUUCAGACGAAAUGUGAAUGAAAUGAAAAAGGAGCUUGACAAAGCCCAGGGUCUCCAAAUGCAAUUAAAUGAAUUUAAGCAGUCUAAAUUGAUCACCCAUGAGAAGUUUGAAAGUGCGUGUGAAGAACUGAAUAAUGCAUUACUUCGGGAACAACAGGCACAAAUGCUAUUGAAUGAACAGGCGCAACAACUACAGGAGUUGAAUUAUAGACUUGAAUUACAUUCCACUGAGGAAGCCGACAAAAACCAAACUCUUGGAGAAGCUGUUAAGAGUCUCUCCGAGGCAAAGAUGGAGCUGAGAAGAAAAGAUCAAUCUCUGCGUCAGCUCAAUAGACAUCUUACCCAGCUGGAGCAGGACAAGCGUCGACUAGAGGAGAACAUCCAUGAUGCAGAGAGUGCCCUCCGCAUGGCAGCCAAAGACAAAGAAUGUGUUGCUAAUCAUAUGAGAACAAUAGAAAAUAUGCUUCAUAAGGUCAGAGAUCAGAUCUCGCUGUCACGGACUGCGGCAAGUAGGAAUGACUUCACCCUGCAGCUACCCAGACUGCACCUGGAGACCUUUGCAUUGGAGGGGCUCAAGGGCGGGCCAGAGGUUGUAGCAUGCCAGGCUAUGAUUAAAAGUUUCAUGGAUGUCUACCAGCUUGCAAGCAACAGAAUUGCUACAUUAGAAAAGGAAAUGACAUCUCAUCGAAGUCACAUUGCAACCUUGAAAUCAGAACUUCACACAGCUUGUUUACGUGAAAAUGAAAGUUUACAAUCAACAGGAUCACGAGACCAUUCAAAUCUCUCCCUUCCUUCAAGACCUGCUCUUCCUGCUGACACAAUUGAUGUUGGGGAUUUUUUGCCAUUGAAAGCUGAACUUGAUACAACUUACACUUUCUUAAAGGAGACACAUAUAAAUCCUGCGCCCCUGGCAUCAUCUCAGUCCUCUCCAGGGACUGCAUCUGCUAUUGCCAAGAGACCAACUCAGAUUGGAUUAUGACUUUAUGAAAUAAAAAAGAUGCAGGAAGAGUUAACAGUACAAUUAAAAUUGCUUUGAAGGGGGAUUUUCUUAUCAGUUGAAUUCUGUUUCAGCACAAGGGGCAGUGGGUUUUAAAAAAAUUGUGUGAUAUCUUGAUGUGUGCAGGUACCUGUGUGUUUCCUUGAAUAAUGAAAUAACCAACUUUUUUCCCCUCUAAGUUUUAUUUAUUAUCACAGUUGCUCAUUUUUAUGUAACAUAUUUUUAAAUGUUAAAGAAUGACACAUUUUGGGUAAUUUCCUUCAGACUUAAAAAAAUCAAUAAGCCAUUUUAGUCUCUAUCUAUCAAAGUUGUUUCAUACUUGUCUAUUUUAAAGCAGGACUGCAAUACUUUAAUAGGAUUGAGAGAGCUAUUUGAAAUGUAUGCCAAUGAUUCCUGUCAUUUCAUGGCAGCCCUGCCAUGGUUCACUGAGCCCCCUCUUCUCUCUUGUCAGCUCAACUGAAGACAAGCAUUUAGUUGCAAACUUUAAGCAGGUUGUGCAAAACAGAAAUGAUGUGACUGCUUCUCCUCCUGCACAAUAAUGUCACUCCUGGUCAAUGUGAGAAGGUCAGGUUGCUCCUUGUAAAGCUACAUGAUACCACUUGCCCAUUUGAACAAGUUAAGUUAACUGCUGAAUCUGGUCCCUGCAGGCAUUGAAAACGCAUCCUUUUUAUCAAGUCUGCAUUUGAUAAGAAAGUAGAGCAAUUGUGCGGAGGAGAUUUCUGUGGUGUGUUUAGGCACUUUUUAAGGACAGUUCCCACACCAGUAUAGCAGGUAAUAUAUUUAGUAUAAGCUGAAAAACUUCAAGGUAAUGGCUGUUUUGACCUUCAAAAUAGACUCCUUUUUUGUUUUUGUUGUUGGUAGGACCCAAGAGUGACGCCCAUCUUUGAUGCUGACAGAAUUUAAAACAAGGCCAUUGCCCUGAAUUUUCUGCCUUGUAGCACACAAAAGUAAAAUUGUAUGUCAGGCCGAGAUGUCGGGGAGCUGACAAGAUGCCCCAGUGACAUUUCAGCUAGAAAGAGCAAGUGUCUUGCAACCAAGUGGUCAAAUAUCAAAUAAUAGGUCAAGCAGGAAGGAGCUGAGUUCUAACCACAAAGAGGUUUCUGGUAACUUACUUGACAAGCUUUUGGGAGCUUUGUGGCUUGACAAAGUGAUGUUCUGUUGGGUAUCGCUAGACAGACUGUUCUUUAUCGCCUUCAGAAGAUCAGACAUUGACAUUGAUUAAACUCUUUAACCCUUAAAGGUUAAAUCUUUGCAGUUUGCAUCAUGGUAAGUGAGAAACAAAAGAAUAUUUGUAAUAUGUAUUUGUUUCUGUAUUAAUCUUUUAACUCCCCAGUGAUAUUAACUUCUGGUGUGAACUGUACUUUUUGACAAAGAGUUUUGACACAAAAUUCGUAUUUUAUAUGAUUUUUCAUUAUGGAGUUCUUCAUUAUGGAUACGUUGGAAAAUAAUAGUAUGUAUUAUGGAAUCUAUAUUGUCUUAGUUUUACAGUGGCAUUUGAUUCAAAUAUACCCAACUUCUAGGAAUUUUUUAAUUGAUCUUGGUACAUAAAAUUGGUAUACUAACUCUUAAUGUUAUUAGCCAAAUUAACCAAGUAAUUUUACUUCACAUAAACAGCUUUCUAAGGAUUUAUAUAAAGCUUAUUAUAUUGGCCUAGUACUAUGAGAAACAGCAUUCUGCUACACAGUAUGACAGUAACAGUGCUAUGUUACCUUGGAUGGUAUAAAUCACUUGGUGUUAUUUUUAUUAACCAUUCUGGGUUUUGAGUAUUAAAGAAUAUGCCCUGUGUAAUGUAAUGUAACAUGUAUGAAAUUCAACUUACAAAUUUAUUGUAAUACAGAAAACGCUAUUGAUUGUUCUCAUAUAGAUCAUAGAAUAAUUUCUGCACAUUUCAAAACAGUCUCUUCUGCCAUUCCGUACAAUGAUUAAGGUAUUCUCUAUAUUGAAAUCAAAUACAGCUUUUUAGUCCAUUGACAUCAUUGAGCUUCCAAUUCUCACACUGUAGAAAAACAGUGUUACCUUAUAUCACUUACACGUUUGGUUUGUGUGUGUGUUUGUGUAGACUCUGUUUCCAGAUUCUACUAAUUUAAGGGGGACGGACACCUUUGUAAACGUUGCCUUGGACAGACCUUGGUCUUCUUGCAUUAAUUUUGCAAACUGUUAAUGGGAUAACACCAGAAAUAAAUAUAUAUGUCUCUCCAUA